AUGGCUGUAUUGGACGUGGAUAACAUGAUUAGCCGUUUGUUAAACGUUGGAAUGGCUGGUGGACGUCUUACCACACAGGUUGCUGAAGAAGAACUCCAUCGAGUAUGUCAGAAAGCUAAAGAAAUAUUCAUUAGCCAAAGCAGCCUAAUUGAAGUAGAUCCACCUUUAGUAGUUUGUGGCGAUAUUCACGGCCAAUAUUCGGACUUGUUGCGUAUAUAUGACAAAAAUGGCUUUCCACCUGAAUCAAAUUAUUUGUUCUUGGGCGACUUUGUGGACCGAGGCAAACAGAAUAUCGAGACAAUAUGCCUCCAAUUCUGCUAUAAAAUUAAGUAUCCUGAAAACUUCUUCAUGCUUCGAGGAAAUCAUGAAACGCCGGCUAUAAACCGCGUAUAUGGAUUCUAUGAAGAAUGCAACCGUAGAUACCAUUCUACUCGUUUAUGGAAUGUUUUUCAGGAUACAUUUAACUGGAUGCCGCUUUGCGGUUAUAUUGGAGGAAGAAUUCUCUGUAUGCAUGGUGGCCUUUCACCUCAUCUGAAUAAUCUGGAUCAACUGCGUAAUUUACCCCGCCCCAUCGACCCCCCUAAUCCAUCAAUGGAAAUUGAUCUACUCUGGUCUGAUCCAGAUCAGUGGGUAAAAGGAUGGCAAGCUAACACUCGCGGAGCAUCAUACACGUUUGGGCAGGACGUGGUAGUUGAUAUAUGUCAAAAAUUGGAGUUGGAUUUGAUAGCCCGCGCACACCAAGUCGUACAAGACGGAUACGAGUUCUUUGCAAAUAGACGUCUUGUUACCAUUUUUUCAGCCCCUCAUUACUGCGGUCAGUUUGACAAUGCUGGUGGAACGAUGACAGUUUCGGAGGAUAUGAACUGCUCGUUCCAGGUAUUUCGACCCGCAAGUAAGGCUGUAAGAAUGGCAAUGAAGGCCGCAGGAACUCUUUGA